UUGUAAAAUUGACAGGUUCGCCGGAGGUAAAUAGAACAGCGUAAUUCAUCGCCCUGCACGUUUCAAGUCGGAACUGAAAACAGUAUUUUUUAUUGGAUUUUUCCUGUUCUUACUUCAUCAAAUCGUUUCUUUAACCACUCAGGAUAUUAGAAGGAAGGCGAUGUCUAGUGGAAGCACAGGUCGUGGUAGAGGACGAAGGUCAAGAGGGGGACACGAAGAAACAAACGGAGGUCCAAGCACUAGUUCUGGUGCAGCCCCGGUCCCUGAGACACCCCUCCCUGUUCCCUCAACAACUAAGUCAUCAUCAACCAAAAGCAUCAAACCGACGGGAACGAGUUUGAAAAGAAUUCAGAAAGAAUUGGCUGAAAUAACAUUGGACCCACCCCCUAACUGCAGUGCUGGACCCAAGAAUGACAAUAUGUAUGAAUGGGUGUCAACCAUUCUAGGCCCCCCAGGAUCUGUCUAUGAAGGGGGCGUGUUCUUCUUGGAUAUACAUUUCUCCACAGAUUAUCCAUUCAAACCACCAAAAGUUACAUUCAGGACUCGUAUUUACCAUUGCAACAUAAACAGUAAUGGAGUUAUAUGUCUGGACAUUUUGAAAGACAAUUGGAGCCCUGCCCUUACAAUAUCAAAAGUUUUACUAUCAAUAUGUUCAUUAUUAACAGACUGUAAUCCCUCAGACCCUCUAGUGGGAAGCAUUGCUACACAGUACCUACAGAAUCGGCCAGAACAUGAUAGAGUCGCCAGACAGUGGACAAAACGAUUUGCCACAGGAUUGUAACAGACUGUUUGCUUGUAGAAAGAUGUCUGAAUGAGAUAAGUCCUCCCUGUCUGCAAUCUUUUGGAAUACAAAAUUGUAAAAUUAAAUUUGUCAUCUUUGUGCAUGUGCAGUACAGUGAGGCAAAUAUUGACUCCUCAAAUACUUGAUUACUCAAAAUGUAUUCAUUUGUAAAUUCAAAGUCUGUAUAACAGAUGUGAAAAUGUAUGAAUGAUUUAAAAGAACUUUGAGUUGCCUCCAGGAGCACAUGGUAGUCUGCUUAGAUGACUAUAAUUCAGUCAGACAGUCGAUGAAAGUGUAAAUUAUUAUUAAUGAACUGCCAGAUAAUAUUUUAAAGUAAUGUACUAUAAUGUAAUUGUAUGUGAAGUCUAUUUGUAUUAUUUGUGAGAUCUGAUUGGGUAAGCCUUUUGUCAGAUGUUAUUUGUGAGAUCUGAUUGGGUAUGCCUUGUCAGAUGUUAUUUGUAAGAUUUUGAUUGGGUAAGCAUUUUAUCACAUGUUAUUUAAGGGAGUUGAGUGUUUUUAGUUGUACUUGCAUGAGCAUGUUAUGUAAGUUGUUUAUAUGUAUGUAAUGUUAUAAGAGUUGAUGUUUGAAUAAACCUCAUAUGAGUGUAAGAGCACCUGUUUAUGUGACAUUUGGAAGUGACUUUAAAUGUUACAUGUGUGGACAAGUCACAUGAUUGGAGUGUGUUCGAAAAUAAAAUGGCUGGUGAUUGGAUCAGCACAUCAUUCAGUAGUUUCCAUCUUACUAGUACAAAUGUAAUGAGAAAGGGUUGGCAUUUUCAAAUAGAUGUCUUAUUUGGUGUUAAUCUCUUGAGAAAUAAAAGAUCAAUUCUACAGUUGUAUAACAUUUAAAUCACAUGUGACAUGACUUGUGUGCUAAUCUUUCAAAAAAAAUCGGGUCAAAAUCAGGGAAAGAAAAGAAGUAAAAGAUCACAUCUAAAUUCAACCAACUUUUGUUCAGUGUUGUGUCAAUUUUAUAUUCAACAAAUAACAUGAUACAGUGACCUUUAAUUGUUAAGUUAAAGAUAUGUUGGGAUACUGUCUGCUUGUUGCCAACUUCAUAUAGUUUAUUAUAUGUUAUAGAUAUAUGUAUUACAGAGAGUAAAAUAAACAGCAUUGAAAAAUACCAUUGAAAAUGAAUUAUCUAAUUAACAUCACCAUAACUUGAUUGUUCUCUUGACCACUUGUUUUUAAAGUAUAAAUACUUUCUAUUGUCCAAAAUUAACAGACAAAUGUUGUUUUGAGCCAAUGUGAAAUGAAGUUCCAUAAAAUGGAAGGAUCAUUCACAUGUACUGAUCCAUUAUAAUACAAUGAACUCUCAGCUGUAUUUUUAUACGAGGUGUAUUUACUUGUGUCAUUUGUAAAACUGUGUGGAAAUGAGUGUUAGAGCAUACCUAAUGUACUUUUCAGAUUAGUAAACAUUUGGGAGAGCAAGAAGUUAUUGUAUGUAGUGUGUCAUGUCUGUUUGAGAGAAAGAUAUUUUGUAAUUGAAAUUUUGUUAUUGUUAGUUCUUUCAUAUUUUUACUGUAAUUUUAAUAGAAUGGGCAGAUAAAUGUAUUGGAAAGGGAACUUGUAUUUGCUUUUUAGAUCUGAUUUUAUUAAUGUAGACAAUUGUCUUUUCGACUGCACAAGUUUCAAUCAACUGGUUUUUUUUUGUACUACAAAUAGCUGUGACAUUCUAUGAAUUUAGCAAUGUCUGGCACUAAAAUAAAGCUGAUUUUUUUUUAUAUCUAAUAAUCAUGUAAUAGUCAAUUUUAUGAAAAUAUAGAAAUAAAUUCUUGAAAAAUCUGAUUAAUUUUAUAUUAUUUACUUGAUUCAACUUUCCAUAUUUACAAUAUGAUAAAUAAAAGGAAAUUAAUACAUCAAUAAAAUCUAAUGAAAAGAAGUUGGGCUUUGUGAAAAUGUAUUCUACAUCUGAUCAGUGGUGAACUUACUUUUGUUUCCUUAUUUAAAAAAUAAAACAAAUUAUUGAGCCUUUGUAUAUUGUGUUAGUGAUUAGCCUCUGCAAAAUGUGUAUAUUCAACAUGACAUGUUUCAAUUAUAAGAUGAGAAGUGACAAAAAAAUGUCAUUGAUUUUUUUCAAUAAAAAUAAAAUUUAGAGCCAAAACAAAUACAGAUAAAAUUGAGUGUAUUGUCACAUAAAGGGAUAUAAUCAUGUUGAGCUACACAUCAAAACAAUUAAUUGAGGUAACCUCCCUUUAUACAAGUUGUUAUGAUUGUCAAUAAAUGGUAAACAUGUUUAUUA